AUGUCUGCAUUCGAGAAGCUUCCAACAGAGGUUCGCGAUAUGAUCUACGGGUACUGCCUAAUCUACGACGGGGACAUCAUUCCUUAUCCGAAUAUCGACGAGAGAGAACAGAUUCAAGAAAGCUGGCGCAAACCAGCAAAACCGUGCAUCGGACGCCUAGGUGUCGAGUGCAACCUGAAGCAAGAUCUUCGUUCAUGUGCGGGGAUAAGGUACGCCACAGACUGGCCAAGCGUUGCCCUUCUGGGUGUCAGUAAAGGUAUCCAGGAGGAAGCGGCAAGUGUCCUGUUUGGCAAGAAUGUGUGGCGUUUGUCCUAUGUUGAGCACUGGGAGAUGGGAGAGGAGAAUGAUUUUUGGUUAAGCUACGCCCGCCAUUUCCGUCACAUCUCCAGUCACAUGACAUUGAAUGACGCUGGCAAUAUGCUCUACUACAUCAAGAUCUCCAGAGCUGCCGGAAAGUCAAGGCAAUGGAGCCAUACACUGAUGAAAGAAGAAGUCCACGACAGGAGCCUUUUCUGCCUAAGCAACAGUUUUAAAUGGAAGUACCGGCUUUUAUCUCAGAUGAAAAACCUAAAGUCGUUGGUAUUCAAUGUCGAAAAUCUAUUCUGCCCUCAUGGCUGCUGUCGCAAAGAAGCGCUCCGCAGUUUCUGCGAUGAAAUGGCUGAAUACGGACCUUGUUACAGACCGGGAGUCGAUGAGAACGUGGGAAGUAGUGGGGAGGCCACGACCGACAAUGUUGUCGACGUCGAGACAAAGCGCAAGGUUGUCGUCAAGGUGGUUGGCCUUGAAGACGACUCGGAGAAGGAGCUUUUUAGGAAGUAUAGGAAGUACUUGGGGCUGGAAAGGGACUAA